AUGUCUAGCACGGAUUCAGCGGAUGAUCGCCUGCCAGAAGCGUGUGGGGAUACUUUUGAAGAUCACUUUUCGCCCCUGGGUGUAGCUGGAAUCGGCUCUUUUGGUAUAGUCUUCUCCGCAACGACCAAAUCGAAGCUGCAUAUCCAAGAGACCAGAACCCUGCAACAUCGGGAAGAAUCUGAUGGCACGGGCACGCAAGCGCUACAAGCAGUUAAGCUGUGUCUUCCAGGAUGUCCUUCGGGCAUCAAAGGCAGUACUAUCAGGCUGCUCGCCGAGAUGGAGGCGAUGAAACGCGUGUCGCAGAAUAGGACAGAAUCCGUGCGGCAUCUUUUUGCAGAACUCUACGAGUACAACACGUCGAAUGAGCCCUGGUACAGUAUGGAGUUGAUCCUGCCUGGCAUAUCACUUCAACAGGUCUUUGACGUCGCUAAUGCGGCCUCACAUCCCGUUCCUGAAGAGAUAGUCUUUCAUGUGGCUGAUCAGGCUGCUCGCGCAUUCCACUUCUUACAUGUCGACUGCAGACUGGUUUGCACAGACAUCAGCCAGAGCAACAUGAUGCUCCGUUAUCCUGGAAGAGAGGUCCCUGUCAUGCCGGACCUAGUCUUGAUCGACUGGUCGUUCUGGGCGGAGGCUAGCGACAGGACGACAACUUGCGCCGUGCAGAACCUGUACCACUGCUUGUUCCCAGUAUUCUUUGACUCGGGCUGGCGCUGUGGUCCACACCACGACCAGGACUCGUGUGCGGCCAGUGGUGUUCUCCACGGCUGCGAGUGGCUGGACUUGCAAAGCCUCAUGGGCAGCAGGCAGAGCACGUUGAGCUCUUUCUCUGACAGCAUACAGACGACGGUGAAACAUAUGCGAAGAGAGACCAUGCACAAUGCUGGGAGGGUAGAGGCAUUCGGACAUCUCCUACUGGCGUCCGCAGACACCUCCACAGCGGAGACGCAGGAAGGGUCUUGA